AUGCAUGCACAGGCAACGCCCACCCUUGCCGCGAUCUGCCCCUCACCACGCCGUUCCUCGCUCCCCGCCGCAGGCCUGCGCACCGCGGUGCGCAGCGCGUGGGCGGGCCUGGCGGCGGGCUGCCUGCACACGCUGGCUGGCGCGGACCACCUGGCGGCGCUCACGCCUCUGACCAUCGGGCGCAGCCAGCUCAAGGCCUCCCUGCUGGGCGCGCUGUGGGGCUUUGGCCACUCCACCGGCCAGCUCAUCCUGGGCCUCCUCAUGGUGGUGCUCAAGGACCGCUUCCAGCAGGCACGCGGCCAGCACGCGCGGCCUGCCUGCCUGCAAUGUUGGGGCGGCGCCACGGUGGGGCUCACGCUGCUGGCCAUUGGCGCCAUGGGCCUCUACGAGACUUUCUUCGAGCACAACGACGAGGCGGCGCACGUGGAGAGCGACCCCACCGCGGAGGCACUGACGGGCAUGGAGAUGCAGGGCGGGGUGCUGGUGGCCAAGAAGGAGCGGGGCGGCUUUGGGCUGGCCACCUUUGCCACCGGCAUUGUGUACGGCCUGCAGCCCGACGCCCUGUUUGUGAUUGUGCCAGCGCUGGCGCUGCCCACCAAGCUGGCCGCCGCGGCCUACAUCCUCAUGUUUGUGCUGGGCACCGUGGCAGCCAUGGGAGCCUACACAGGCAUCAUCGGCGCCACCAGCGCCGCCAUCAAGAAGAGCAACAGCGGGCUGACGCAGAAGCUGAGCGGCUUUGCCUCGUGUGCCGCCCUGGGGCUGGGGCUCACCAUGCUGCUGGGCGGCUUUGGCGUGGAGCUGCCCUUCACCCUGCCAUUCGGCCACAACCACUAG